AUGAGAAGCAUAAUUAUUCUUUUCCUAAUUGAAUAUGCCUAAAGUUUAGGUGUUUGUGUUCAAUAAACCACAUAUGAAGAGUGCAUUAAGGUAAAAGAAGAGCAAUGUAAAUGGAAUGGGUAAUUUUGUAAAUGGUCAAACAAUUAUUUAUUUGGAUGCGAUCUAACUUUGAGUGAAAAACUAUGUACCAAAUAAAUUGGGAAACUAGAUGGUACAACAGCAAUGUGUAUAUUUGAUAAGAAUUGUCACACUAUUUAUGAAUAAUAUUUUCUAAACUGCUCUGACAAAUUAUCAAAGUCUGGGUGUCUUUCUGUAACCAAUCCAGAUUAAUUAUGUAAAUGGGAAGAUGAACAAUGCAAGUAUUUAAAUUAAACAGAAUUUAACAAUAUCAAUACUAUAUUUUAAAAUUUGGAAUUGAGUGCAUCAGUGUGCAGUAGAAUAACAGGAUUCUUGAUCAUCCACCAUUCUCUAUUAUGGACACUCUUAGAUUACUCUCCAGAUGUUGUAUCGGAAGCCUAAAUAAAAGUGUAAAUUGAAGCAGGAGUUGAAUUCUCGGAAUCCAGGAUCUAUCAAGAUACCUCUUUGAACGAUAAUUUUGUAGAUUCGAAUGGAAUGUUUAUGUGGUAUACAUCAUCUACAAAGUUAUCGAUAUCUGACAGUAAAAUUUAAUUAUUUUCUUAGCCAAACUUAACGAUUUCCAAAGAUAUGGUUGCAUAGCCUAAGAAGUAUUAAAUGAAAACAGGUUUAUGAAGUUAUUUAGCUUAAAUGGAACAAUAAGGGGAGUGAAUCAUGUGUAUUGCAAAUACCUAAAUGUGAAUCCGACAAAUCCAAUUUUUACAGUCUUUGCCAAAUAAGAGUGCUUACCAACUACAUAAGAUGAAUUGUCAGAUUAGUCUUAUAUCAAUAAAUAAUAGUUGUAAUGUUAGGAUUUGAGUGGUCUAGUAUGCUAAAGAUUCAGGAGUUCUGAGAUUAAAUGUUUAGUUGAUUAUACAUAGGAAUUCUAAUGUGCGAAUACUGAUACGAUUUUAGAGACUGAUGAGUGUAAGACAUUGAGUGGUAUUGCAACUCACUAUAAUUGUGCUACUGUGACACAAUAAUAUUGCUAUUUAGAUAUAUCUACAUCGAAGGGACAAUGCUCGACAUAGUGUUCUAAUUUGACAUCUAAAUCUGCUUGUGAGAGUAAUUCAUUUUGCAGAUGGUUGGGUAGUAAUUUGGGAAAUUUAAGUGAUUCAAAAUUAUCAAAAUUUAUUGUUUGUGUGCCUUAGAGUGGAUGUAAUCAAAUAGGAAUGAAUAAAAAAUAUUGUUAAUAGAUGAGUAUGAAUUGUUAUUGGAAUGAUAGUAUUUAGAAAUGUGAGGAAGUCAAGUAUAUUGAGUAAUUAAGAUGUGAGGAUUGCAAUUCAAUAUUUUGUUGUUCCUCUGUGAGUGUCUAUGAUUAAUUUUGUAUUUGGAAUUUUGGUGAAUGUUUAAAUGUUAAGGAUUAAAACCUGUUCUCUCAUUAUUAGUCCUUCUCUUCAUCUAUCAUAAUGAACUAUAAUUUGUGUAUGUCACAAAAAGGAUUAUACAACUAUUAUGACAUGGUUACAAGGACUUGUAAAAGUGAAAACAUCAAUUUAUAUCUACCUUGUGUUGAUUUUUAAGAUUAAGAUUACGACCUUGAUAAUAUGCCAUGUAAUAAUGGAAUUAAUGGGAGAAUAAAUAGGGAAUUAUGUUUUGCUCUGAUUAAUUCUAAUACAAAAUGGGAUGCUUCUCUUUAAAGAUGUGUCCAUGUUACUAAUAAAUCUAUUUCUUGUGAUUCAAUGUAGUUUGUCAAUCCAAAUUUAUGUAAGUAUGGGAUAGUCUAAGAGUCAUAGAUAUGUCUCUACAAUCCAGAUACAUCAAGUUGUUACUCAUCAUCAUUGAUCGAUCUUAGUUGUGAAACCCCAGGCAUCAAUUAGGAAUAGUGUGUAUCCAAUGAAAAAGAAAACUGUUAAUGGAAAGAGAACAAAUGCAUUUCCCUGAAAGUGAGUCUGAUAGUGUAAUAUUACUGUAACGAAUUCUAAAAAGUGAGUCCAAAUGUGUGCAGAUUUACAAGUCAAGACUUUAGUUGCAAAUACGAUUUCAAUACAUUCGGAUGCUCGAUUCUCAGUGACCAUGAAGACAACUGUCAUAGUUAUAUCAACAAUUAAGGUUGUUUCGAUUCAGCAGGUUAAUGUUAUUUUGACAAUGUGUAGAAUAGGUGUAUGGAUGCCGUAAACUCAUUAGACAUUUUGAAAUGUGAUUCUGAAUUCAUUUCCUAUCACACGUGUAUUAGCAUAACAACUUUAAAUUAGAAUUGCUUCUGGGGUUCAAUUCCCAGCGAUCCCAAAGUUAAAUGCAGAUCGUAUAAAUAGUAAUUCUAAACAACUUGCUAUUCAUAUCAGUUUACAAGUAAUCUAAAUGCUUGCACUUAAAUGGCAUCCAAUCUUUCCCUGACUCUAACAGAUGAUCAAUUUUGUGAAGUCAUUGAUCAACAAUGUGUGUAAUCUACAUCUUCUAUUUCUGAUGCUGAUUGUGGAUACAACAGAAUGAUCAAUAUUCAUAGAUGUGUGGCCUAUACUACUUAAAAUUGUUAUUUUAGUAACAAUAAAUGUAAUUUGAUAAUUGGACCCUCAGAUUAUUAGUAAUAAUUAUUAGGAGUCUUGGAAUGUCAUCAAAGUAACCUGUAGAUAUGUAAUCAAAUUGUGACUCCGAGUUAGACAUGUCAUAUUGCAUAGGACAAAAAAUGUGUAUAGUUGUACCUUUCAUUUUCAGACUCAUGCUAGAAUUUGUCUAAUUACGACAUGCAAUACUAUAAUCCACAAAUUUGUCAUAAAGCUAUUGAUGCUUGUUAUUAUGAUGUUUAAAGCAAGACUUGUAAGUCACCUCUAAGUUCAGAUUAAUUCAAGUGUAAUUAAAUAGGAGCAUCGAAAGUUCUAUGUCUACUGUAUACAUUUGAAAACUGUGUAUUUAUUGAUGAGGUUUGUCGAAAUCUUGUUGAUUUAAAUGUAGAAUGUAAAUACAGGAACAGGAAUGCUUGCUUCUAAGGUGUUAAAAAUUGCUAUUGGAAUAACCUUAAUUCGGCAUGUGAAUUAUACUUUAGUGAUUGUCCUGAAAAAUUUGAUGAAUCUUUUAGUUGGCAGAUUUGUUAAUCAAGUAAUUACAGCUGUGGAGUUGGAAAGAAUGGAUGUAUAUCCUACGUAAGUAAUGUGCCCUGUUGGUUAUCUGUCAGUUUCGAAUUAUGCCGAUACCAAUUUUAAUAUUGUCAAUGGCUGGACAAUCAAUGUGUUAUGUAAGAUUACGACUGUGAAGAAGCUCAAACCAUUCAAUAAUGUCUGUAACACCGAUCCAAGUUCUGCGUAUUCCAUCAGAAUAGAUGUUUCACUGUACUUGAUACUCAACUCUAUGAAUGUGAUUAAUUUGACUAAGUUUCAUAAAACUUUUGUAGACAAUACCAACCUAUUUGUACAUAUUCUGCCUCAACCUUUGAAUGCUUUAAAAUGAAUUUCCUAACAAACAGUCAAAUGGUUGAUCUGAUCUUUUCAUAAUCAUAUACCUGCAGUGCAUUUAGUCAGGAUGUUUAUGGUUGCAUAAUGUAAAGAGCAAUUUAAUGUUCAUACUUCAAUUAUAGCUGGUAUUAAUUUUGUGGAACUUCAAAUAAGCGAUUGAUAUGCGACUAGUUUGAUCAAAUAGAAUACCCUUCAAUACUAACCUGUGAAUCUAUAUCUAAUUGCAAAUUUGGAAUGACUACUAAAGGAGAACCCUUCUGUUACACCUUCCCUUUGUAAUGUGAGAAUUUGAAUACGUUUUGUUUUAAAGACAUUCCAGGAUUGCAUUGCUACUAAGAUUUUGGCUCCGAUUAAUGUUAAACCUACAAUUAACCAUUGCGAUGUGAGAAUGUUCAAUAUUAUAAUGUCAAUAAACAACUAUGCUUGUCUGUUAUGUAAAACCCUGAAAACACAUCUGAGUGCUAUUAUUAGGAGGAAACUAAAAUGUGCAAGUUAAAGUACGCGAUCUCUAUGAUCAUUGGUAUUGAUAUAAUCUAUGAUUAUUACUUUUGUCUCUUCCAGGACCAAGAUUAUUAUCUAUUUUAUAAUGAAAAUUCAGAUUUUGAGUAUUGCUCACUCGAGCCUUUGAGUAAUCUAUAAAACCUUAAUCAUUAUGGGUGUACCAAACUCUAAGGGGACUAAUACUUUUUUGACCUUAAGUAAUUAGAAUGCUCCAAGGAGAUAUCACAACCUUACAUAUAGAUUUCUUUAUGUCUCUAGAUGAAUCAACAAGCAUGUUUAUAAGUACAAAACAAUUUAUCAUGUGUUUGGGCAAAUGAGAAAUGUCAUAAGUAUAUAAAUGAAUUUAUAAAUGUACCUUGUGAGAAUAGAAAUUAUAAUUCGUGUUUAAAAUCUAAGAACCAAAAAUGUAUUUGGAUUUAAAAUACUUCUCAAUGUGUGGAAGAGGAUAAUUAAUGCUAAAAUAGCUAAUGUGAAUACAGCGAAUCGUAUUGUAUAUCUAUUGGUAAGUUAUGGAACAACAAUUAUUGUUAUGAAUAUUCAAAGGAUUUAUCAAUUUCAUUUUUCAGAUGCGAUCAAUUAGGCUUAAGUCGAACUUUAUGUUUAAAGAACACUUAAAGUUUAACAUGUUAUUGGAAUGGUUAUGUCUGCUUAGAAGCAAAUCUAUAUUCCCAGAAAUGUUAGGAUGAUAUAUCCUAAGUGACUUGCAAUUAAAUUAAAACGCCAAAGUAGAUUUGUAAAUGGAAUAAUCAAGCAUGUGAAAAUCUAUAUAACUCCUAUGAAUGCAACGAUUUCUCUACUCUCUCCUAUUGUAGAUAAGCCCUUAUUAGUUGCUAAUACAAUUCAUCAUUAUAAAAAUGUGAGUAAAAAUUAGAAAAUGCUUAAAAAUGCUCUGACACACUAAGUUACAAGGCUUGCUAAAAUGUUGAAUUUGAUUACUGUCAAUUUGAUGGCUAUUGUAAUAUAUGGUAUAGGACUAGAUACUCAUGCGAGAACAUAGUAAACUAUUGGGGUUGCAUGAACACUUCAAUGUAUUGUUAGUGGACUGGUAAGUGUGAAAAUAUAGAUCGGGCCUUUUAGCCUGUGGCUUGCCAUUAAGUCCCCAUUGAGGUAAUUUAUUGAUAUCUAAUAAUAGUUCAAUAAAGUGUCUUGUUCUAAAUACUCCAUCGAACCCUGUUUAUAUGAUGAAAUUCAUAAGAAAUGCGAUAUGAAAUUGACAAGCUCAUUUACAGGUUCAACUAGUAUAGAUUAGACCAAUUAUACGUAAAUUAGAUUAAUCUAUGAAUGCUCUUAAUUUACAGAAAAAGAGGAUUGUGUCGGCAGCAGAAUAGGCUAUUGUGAAUGGUAAGACAAUAGAUGCUUAAAUUGUUAAUCUAAUGAGAAUUGCAAGAACGAUAGUUGUUCAAACAAAAGUCUUAAAUAAUGCUUGAUCAUGCAUAAUCUAUUUUGUGCAUGGAGGAAUGAUAAAUGUAUAGAUUGGGUUUUUGAUUAACAGAACUUUACUUAAUCUUUAGUUACUUAGAUAUGCUGUAAAUCAAUGAAUUCAACAGUGAAAUAUUUAGAAUCCAUUAAUUCAUGUGUGUAAAUUGAUAUAUUUACAGAUUAAUGUAAUGCAUAUGGACUGUCAAAAAUUGUAAACAUAUUAUCAAUUAUUAUAGGCUUGUUUAUCAUUAGUUAAUAAAUAAUGUACAUUUAAAGAUGGAUAAUGUGUUGAUUACGUUUUUGAGUAUAAAUUAAAAUGCAAUUAAUACAAUAAUGUGAACUAAUAAGCUUGUUAGUAGUUGCCUCAUUUAAGUUGUAAAUAUGACGCAUAAUUUAAUGCUUGCAUUGAUGUAGAUUAUUCUAAAGAUUAAUGCACAACUGUAGGAAUAUCAUAAAUAGGUUGUUCCAAAAUUAUUAAAAUGCCUUGUUAUUGGAAUAAAUAAGCUUAGUAGUGUUAAAAUUUUUAAUUGUAAAUGUAUAUUAAUCAAUGUGAUAAUGAAACUGUUGCAAAUAGUUACACAUGUCAAUUGUUAAAUUAUCAUUAAGAUGUUUGUUCCUAUAACUUGAACAAAAGAACUUGUUAAUAAUAAUUCAACCCACUUGCAAAAUGUUCUCAACCAGGAUUGAACAGAUUAGCAUGCUUAAGAUUAGUAAAUUAACCUUGUUAAUAUGUGAAUAAUUAAUGUUAAAAGAUUAAAUCUUUAGUUAGUAGUUGCAAUGAUCUUAGAGAUGUAAAUGAAUUAACAUGUAAAAUGAAUACCAAUGAUCAUUGCAUUUAUGAUCCAGUUGUUGGAAAUUGCCAAUACACCUUAUAAUCACUACCAUGUAAUUACAAAGGAUUGAAUAUUAAUAAUUGUAAACUUCAGCAAAAAUGUAAAUGGUUACAUGAUCUUUAAUAAUGUGCUUGCCAAAUUCAAUAAAUAAAUUCAUCUUGUGAUUUGAAUGAGAGUGAAUGCAAAAAUAAUUGCAUUUAUGAACAAGAACUUAAAAUUUGCAGACCAAAAAAAUGUUUUGAUUUAAUAAGUUGUUCAGGAGUAAUGAAUGGUGAAUAUUGUUAUGAAGACUAAUCUUAUCAAUGUUAAGGUGCUCAAAAGUGUGAAGAUAUUCUUAAUUUAAAUGAGAGUAAAAGAUGCUCAGAUUUUAUGUUUAAUGGAUCAAAUUGUAUUUAGCUUGAAAGCCAUUGUGUAAGUGGAAACAAUUUAUAGGAGAUCUGUCUUAAUAGUGAUUGUUCAAAUACAUCUUGUAAAUAUGAUAAUUUCACUUGUCGCCCAUUAAUUUGUUCUGAUUACUUGGAAGAAGAUCAAUGCUUUUAGAUAUCGAAUUGUGUUUAUAAGAAUGGACAAUGUUAGCAAAUCUAAACAUGUUCAGAAAUUGAUGAUUAAUCAUUAUGUUUUAGAACAAAAGUCAAUGAAAAGUAGUGCUCGUGGGAAAUUUAUGAAAUCUAUUAAACAAAGUAUUACUGUACUAACAAUUAAUGUCAUCUGUAUAGCAACUCGCCUAGUUUGUGUAAUGGCAAUGAAAUCAAUCAAUAUUCCUGUUACAUGAAUGAAUUCGAAAUGUGUUAGAGUUGUGAAGAUAUAACUGAUCCUUGUUAAUGUUCAGCUGGUUGCUCAUAUUCAGAUGGAAAAUGUAAAUCAAUAUUAUGUUAAAAUUUUAAUAAGGAGAAGGAAUGUUAGAAUUCAUACAAAUGUUAUUGGAGUUCUAAAGAUAAUUUAUGUAGGAAAUUUUGCAGAUAUUUAAUUCUGGAAGAAGAUUGUUAGAUGUUAGAUUAUGAAUGUCAUUGGAAUCCUUAUCAAUACAAGUGUGAAGAUGGAGUAUAAAUAGAAAUAAAUUUAAGUGUUACUCUUAGUCAAAUCGACUAGUACACUCAACUUAUUGGGUAAUUCAUUCUAAUUUUAAUAUUAUUUUAAUGA